AUGACGGUUGCUAGAACAAGAAAGGAUUGGUCUUCUAAACUCAUCGACUCUCUAUGGGCGUAUAGGACCGGCUUCAAAACUCCAAUAGGGACCACUCCCUAUAAGCUUAUCUAUGGGAAAAAUUGUCACUUGCCCGUAGAGAUGGAGCAUCGAACGCAUUGGGCAAUCAAGCAAAUCAACUUUGAUCUCCAUAGUGCGGGUGAGCAAAGGCUUCUAGAGCUACAUGAGUUAGAGGAGUUGAAGAUGAAUGCCUACGAUAGCGCAAGCAUGUAUAAGGUGCGGACUAAGGCUUGGCACAAUGCUCAAAUUGUCAAGCAGGAAUUUGUCAAAGGCCAAAAAGUCCUCCUAUUCAACUCCCGCUUGAAGCUUUUCCCGGGAAAGCUUAGGUCAAGGUGGAGUGGGCCGUACAUUAUCACGGAGGUGUUUCCAUAUGGAGAUUAUGAGAUUUCCCAAGACGGGCAUACUCCAUUCAAAGUGAGCGGUCACCGGCUCAAGCCCUACUACGAAGGAUUCCCAAGUGAUGAACCAAUUUCUGUGACUCUUCUUGAUAUGCAUCAUCAAUUUGACCCUCCUUGA